AUGUAAUAAUAAGGAUAAGCUCCAUUAUAAAUAGAACAUUAUAUAAUAGGUAAAACAUUAGGUGUAGGUGCAUUCGGAAAAGUGAAAUGUAACUAUUAUUGAAUAGAUUAGUGGCUAAGCAUAAUAUAACAAAUACUUAAGUGGCAAUCAAAAUAAUAAACAAAAGAAAGAUGAAAAAUUCAAGAAUGGGUGCUAAGAUAAGACGUGAAAUAAGAUUAUUACGAUAUUUUAAUCAUCCUAAUGUAAUUAAGCUAUAUGAAGUUUUGGACACCCCAGGAGAUAUUUUUGUGGUAAUGGAAUAUGCAGAAAGAGGAGAAUUAUUUGAUUUAAUAGCAUAAAGAGGUAAAUUACCAGAAGGGGAGGCUCGUAAUUUUUUCCUUUAAAUAUUGAGUGGUGUGGAAUAUUGUCAUAACAAUUUGGUAGCACAUAGAGAUCUAAAACCAGAAAACAUUUUAAUUACUCAUAAUUACGUAGUCAAAAUUGCUGAUUUUGGAUUAAGUAAUCUUAUGAAAGAUGGCAAAUAUUUAAAAACAUCUUGUGGUUCUCCUAAUUAUGCAGCACCUGAAGUGAUAUCAGGAAAGACUUAUUGUGGUUCUGAUGCUGAUGUUUGGAGUUGUGGAGUAAUUUUGUAUGCAUUACUUGCAGGUUUCUUACCAUUUGAUGAAGAAACUACUUAGGCUCUUUUUAAAAAAAUAAAAAGUGCUGAUUAUACUAUACCAAGUAGUUUUAGUCCUCAGGUGAGAGAUUUGAUAAAUAGAAUGCUUACUCCUGAUCCAUUGAAGAGAAUAAAAUUUCAUGAGAUUCAUCUUCAUCCAUACAUGAGAAGCACUUAAGUUCCAUUUUAUUUAUAAAUACCAUUUAAAUUAGAUGAAGGACGAAGAUAAAUAAAUGAAGAUGUCUUUGAGAAAUUGAUGCAAUUAUAAACAGUUAAUUUUAGAGGUAUGACAUAAACUCAAAUUCAGAAAAGUAUUAGAAAAAGAGAGGAUAAAUCAUUUGUUGUAAUUUAUGAUUUACUUCUUGGAUAAUUGGGAAUAGAAUCUUCAACUCCUAUGACUCUUCAUAAUUUAACAAUGCAUGAUUUAAUAUUUAAUCCAUAAAUUCCUUAGAUUGAAGGUUAAUCAUUUAAUAAUUGUUUAUUAAAUGAAAUCCAGAAACCUUAACCUUAUGAUUAUGGAAAAGAAUUACCAAAAGAUAUAAUGGCAAUUGUUUAUCCUUUUUAAGCUAGAUAGAUAGUAAAUGCUAUCUAUACUUGUUUAGAGAAAUUUAACACUGUUAUUAAAAUAAAAAGUCCUGAUUACAAAUUGAAAUGCUAUCAUAAGAAUCUCAUAAAGAUGACAAAGUAUAAUUCGAGUAUGGAAUUGUUUAAUGAAUUCUAAAAAGAAGUAGAAGAAACUGGAUCUAAAAAUGAUUUAGCUUCUUUAACUUUUAAAGAUGAUGGUAAGAAACCAAAAGUAAAAGAAAACAAAUAUUCAGCAAAAGAGAUUAUAUUUAACAUAUAGAUUUACAAGGUAUUAGAUAAUAAUAAAUUUAAAGAUGCCAACGAAUAAUAAUGAUCAUAUGAUUGAUUUUUAAUUAUGCAGAGGACAUCCUGUAGUAUUUAUGGAUUUUUGCAAUAAAGUGAUAGCUUUGCUAAAUUAACACUUCAAUUAAAUUUGAUAAUUUAUUUCCAAA